AUAUUGACUAAUAUUGAAAUGUAUUGCCUUCCUUUUGCAGAGCCUGGCGGCCGGGGUUAUGGAUUUUAACCUUCUGACAGACAGUGAAGCCCGUAGCCCAGCGCUAUCGCUUUCGGACUCUGGGACCCCUCAACAUGAUCAGGGAUGCAAAGGCCAAGACAACAGCGGUCAGUUUCCACGUUUACCAUGCAAAUGCUUUGUCUACAGGAGUGUAUGACUGACUAAAUGUCCUCAGACUGACAUUUUGGAUGAAGAAUAGGCAUAUAUGUUAAUGCAUGCGGGUCUAAACCAAUCGAAUAAUUUGAUAAUAAUAAUAGGAAUUAUAAUGGCCUAAUAGGCUAUAAUAAUAAUUAUUAUUAUAAUAUCAGGACGAAUUUCUAAAAUUGUUUAUGUAGCUUGCAAUAGCUAUUAGGGUAUUCAUUGUCGCCUUUAAUGUGCGUAAUUGUGUGGAUAUCAAUUCAACCAUAAUAUGAAUUGGCUUGCUAAUAUUUUGUAGACCUAUAGCGCAUAUUCCUAUUAUUCACAUUAGAUAAUUGUUCUUUUCCUUCAUGAACUCAAGUUGCAAGUUUAUUCUUCUCGCUUGGCUUUUACAAAGCAAGUGUUAUUAACUGCAGCAACUAUAGACUUUAAUGGAAGCUACUGUAAACAUCUGGCAUGGACCCCUUGCGCUUUGGCGGAGCUUUUUGGCAUUUUGUCAUGUGCGUGUCUUUGCACGCUGAUGUGCUGUAGGUCUAUUAAUAACUCUCAAUUGAAACCUAGAAAAUAAUCUAAAACACACCUGUGCGUAAUGAACUGAAUAUAGCCUAAUGUCAUAGGCCUAGACAUACAAUAAUAUCCCGAGGAACUACGAUUGCUCAGGCUUGAAAGCUAAAUAUCUGCCUCUGUAUUUCAACCGUCUGCAUGACAAUUUAUAACAAAUUAGGCCUUUGACAGAGAGAAAAGGCUAAUAUUUGUGAUACCCGUGCGGUCUAAUAGAUGAAAUCUCUGUGGAUCCAGCGUCUGCAACAGACUCCAUUAGUGUGACUAAUGUAAACUUACUCCGAAAUGGACGGCCCUGAGUGAGUGCAGGGAUUUAGGAGAACCCGCAUAUACUGUAUGUGAACCACGGAUUAGGCACUAUAACCAUCAAGAUAACGAGGUGUGUGGGAGCCAAAUAUCAAGAGGCAAUAUGUCCAAUGUAGCUUACUUGUAUUGUUCACUGACAAUGGAAUAUUCAUUCUAGAAAAGUUUUUAGAUAUAGAAAAAUAAACCAUCAGUUCAUUCAUUGUUCUUUCUUGUGAUAUUGGCAUAGUUAAAGUCAAACAAUUAGUUUGUUUUUCAAUGUCCAUUUAAGGUUAGGGUUCUCAUAAUAUGUAUCCAGAAGGAUAUACACGCUUAUUUAUGAUAUAUGGGAUGUAGCUCAGUUGGUAGAGCAUGGCAUUUGCAACGCCAGGGUUGUGGGUUCAAUUCCAGUAUAAAAAUUAAAAAAAUGUAUGCACUCACUAACUGUAAGUCGCUCUGAAAUAUUACAGUGCCUACAGAAAGUAUUCAAACCCCUUGACAUAAUUAUUUUUUGGUGAACGUUUUUUGUUGUUGUUGUGUUACAGUCUGAAUUGAAAAUUGAUUACAUUUAGAUUUUGUGUCACUGAUCUAAACACAAUACCCCAUAAUGUCCAAGUGGAAUUAUGUUUUUAGAAAUGUUUACAAAUUAAUAAAAUAUCAAAAGCUUAAAUGUCUUGAGUCAAUAAGUAUUCAACCCCUUUGUUAUGGCAAGCCUAAAUAUGUUCAGGAGUAAAAAUGUGCUUAACAAGUCACAUAAGUUGUAUGGACUCUUUGUGCAAUAGUGUUUAACAUGAUUUUUGAAUGACUACCUCAUCUCUGUACUCGACACAUUCAAUUACUCCACAAUACUAACCUAAUUGACAGAGUGAAAAGAAUGAAGCCUGUACAGAAUAAAACAUUUCUAAACAUCCAUCCUGUUUGCAACAAGGCACUAAAGUAAUACUGCAAAAAAAAUUGACAAAGCAAUUCACUUUUUUUGUCCUGAAUACAAAGUGUUAUGUUUGGGGCAAAUCCAACACAACACAUCACUGAGUACCACUCUCCAUUUUCAAGAAUAGUGGUGGCUGCAUUAUGUUAUGGGUAUGCUUUUCAUCGGCAAGGACUAGGGAGUUUUUUAGGAUAAAAAUAAAUGGAAUAGAGCUAAGAACAGGCAAAGUCCUAGAGGAAAACCUGGUUCAGUCUGCUUUCCAACAGACACUGGUAGACAAAUUCACCUUUCAGCAGGACAAUAACCUAAAACACAAGGCCAAAUAUACACUGGAGUUGCUUACCAAGAUAACAUUGAAUGUUCCUGAGUGGCCUAGUUACAGUUUUGACUUAAAUCAGCUUGAAAAUCUAUGUCAAGACUUGAAAAUGGCUAGCAAUGAUCAACAACCAAUUUGACAGAGCUUGAAGAAUUUUGAAAAGUAAUAAUGAGCAAAUGUUGCACAAUCCAGGUGCGGAAAGCUCUUAGAAGCUUACGCAGAAAGACUCAAAGCUGUAAUCUCUGCCAAAGGUGAUGCUAACAUGUAUUGACUCAGGGGGUUGAUUACUUAUCUAAUCAAGAUAUAUUAGGGUUACAUUUUUCAUUCAUUUUUUCCAAAUGUUAGAAUUGUUCUUCCAUUUUGACAUUACAGAGUAUUUUGUAUAGAUCGUUGACCAAAAAAUGACAAUGAAAUCCAUUUUAAUCCCACUUUGUAACACAACAAAAUGUGGAAACAGUCAAGGGGUGUUAGUCGCUCUGGAUAAGAGCGUCUGCUAAAUGACGUAAAUGUAAAAAUGUAAAUGGGUGUGAAUACUUUCUGAAGGCACUAUAAUAUUUCAGAGGUGAGGCCCAGGUGUCCACCAUCAUGGGGAUCCAGUUUAUUACAAAAAAAUAUAGGCCUACACUGAACAAAUAACCAUGUACAGUGGGGAGAACAAGUAUUUGAUACACUGCCGAUUUUGUAGGUUUUCCUACUUACAAAGCAUGUAGAGGUCUGUAAUUUUUCCCAUAGGUACACUUCAACUGUGAGAGAUGGAAUCUAAAACAAAACUCCAGAAAAUCACAUUGUAUGAUUUUUAAGUAAUUAAUUUGCAUUUUAUUGCAUGACAUAAGUAUUUGAUCACCUACCAACCAGUAAGAAUUCCGGCUCUCACAGACCUGUUAGUUUUUCUUUAAGAAGCCCUCCUGUUCUCCACUCAUUACCUGUAUUAACUGCACCUGUUUGAACUUGUUACCUGUAUAAAAGACACCUGUCCACACACUCAAUCAAACAGACUCCAACCUCUCCACAAUGGCCAAGACCAGAGAGCUGUGUAAGGACAUCAGGGAUAAAAUUGUAGACCUGCACAAGGCUGGGAUGGGCUACAGGACAAUAGGCAAGCAGCUUGGUGAGAAGGCAACAACUGUUGGCGCAAUUAUUAGAAAAUGGAACAAGUUCAAGAUGACGGUCAAUCACCCUCGGUCUGGGGCUACAUGUAAGAUCUCACCUCGUGGGACAUCAAUGAUCAUGAGGAAGGUGAGGGAUCAGCCCAGAACUACACGGCAGGACCUGGUCAAUGACCUGAAGAGAGCUGGGACCACAGUCUCAAAGAAAACCAUUAGUAACACACUACGCCGUCAUGGAUUAAAAUCCUGCAGCGCACGCAAGGUCCCCCUGCUCAAGCCAGCGCAUGUCCAGGCCCGUCUGAAGUUUGCCAAUGACCAUCUGGAUGAUCCAGAGGAGGAAUGGGAGAAGGUCAUGUGGUCUGAUGAGACAAAAAUAGAGCUUUUUGGUCUAAACUCCACUCGCCGUGUUUGGAGGAAGAAGAAGGAUGAGUACAACCCCAAGAACACCAUCCCAACCGUGAAGCAUGGAGGUGGAAACAUCAUUCUUUGGGGAUGCUUUUCUGCAAAGGGGACAGGACGACUGCACCGUAUUGAGGGGAGGAUGGAUGGGGCCAUGUAUCGUGAGAUCUUGGCCAACAACCUCCUUCCCUCAGUAAGAGCAUUGAAGAUGGGUCGUGGCUGGGUCUUCCAGCAUGACAACGACCCGAAACACACAGCCAGGGCAACUAAGGAGUGGCUCAGUAAGAAGCAUCUCAAGGUCCUAGAGUGGCCGAGCCAGUCUCCAGACCUGAACCCAAUAGAACAUCUUUGGAGGGAGCAGAAAGUCCGUAUUGCCCAGCGACAGCCCCGAAACCUGAAGGAUCUGGAGAAGGUCUGUAUGGAGGAUUGGGCCAAAAUCCCUGCUGCAGUGCGUGCAAACCUGGUCAAGACCUACAGGAAACGUAUGAUCUCUGUAAUUGCAAACAAAGGUUUCUGUACCAAAUAUUAAGUUCUGCUUUUCUGAUGUAUCAAAUACUUAUGUCAUGCAAUAAAAUGCAAAUUAAUUACUUAAAAAUCAUACAAUGUGAUUUUCUGGAUUUUUGUUUUAGAUUCCGUCUCUCACAGUUGAAGUGCACCUAUGAUAAAAAUGACAGACCUCUACAUGCUUUGUAAGUAGGAAAACCUGCAAAAUCGGCAGUGUAUCAAAUACUUGUUCUCCCCACUGUAUAUCCUUCUGGAUACUUAUUAUGAGAACCCUAACCUGUGUAUCCACUAAAUGCAGAAAUGUAAUACAUACUGACGAUUUUAAUUAAAUUAGUUCUUAUUAAAUGACAAAUGGCACACUCAAUUGGCAUCUGAAGUUUCAAAAUGAGUGAAACUUCUAUAAAUGACAAACACUAACUGUAUAGGUGUAAAUGUACAGUAUAGAUCCAGAGGCUUGGUUACAGUAGGCAUAUUUUAUUCAGACCAGUUUUGAUUAUGUAGCUGGGAAUUUAUCAUUUCUUUCACAAAAUUAUAGUUUAUUUAUUUUUAUUUAUUUCACCUUUAUUUAACCAGGUAAGCCAGUUGAGAACAAGUUCUCAUUUACAACUGCGACCUGGCAAAGCAAAUUCUCAAGGACACUCCUAGUGAUUAGAAUAUGCCUCAGAUUGCUGGGGCCUUAGUGCAUAAUGCAAAGCCAAGAGAGGCUAUAGCCUAUAAUAUACGUGUGUGUGUGUGUGUGUGUGUGUGUGUGUACAGUGGGGAAAAAAAGUAUUUAGUCAGCCACCAAUUGUGCAAGUUCUCCCACUUAAAAAGAUGAGAGAGGCCUGCAAUUUUCAUCAUAGGUACACGUCAACUAUGACAGACAAAAUUAGAUUUUUUUUUCUCCAGAAAAUCACAUUGUAUGAUCUUUAAUGAAUUUAUUUGCAAAUUAUGGUGGAAAAUAAGUAUUUGGUCAAUAACAAAAGUUUCUCAAUACUUUGUUAUAUACCCUUUGUUGGCAAUGACACAGGUCAAACGUUUUCUGUAAGUCUUCACAAGGUUUUCACACACUGUUGCUGGUAAAAAAUCAACAUCAACUGUUCAGAGGGGACUGUGUGAAUCAUGUGUCCUUUGGUCUGGAGUCCAAAUUUGAGAUUUUUGGUUCCAACCGCUGUGUCUUUGUGAGACGCGGUGUGGGUGAACGGAUGAUCUCCGCAUGUGUAGUUCCCACCGUAAAGCAUGGAGGAGGAGGUGUUAUGGUGUGGGGGUGCUUUGCUGGUGACACUGUCUGUGAUUUACUUAGAAUUCAAGGCACACUUAACCAGCAUGGCUACCACCGCAUUCUGCAGCGAUACGCCAUCCCACCUUGAAUGAGUAGGUGUGUCCAAACUUUUGACUGGUACUGUAUAUAUGCCUUCUACUAUACAUUUGUACACCACCAUCAAUAUUAGCCCAUGUGCUAUAGGUGUGUAUAGUGUAGCCAAAACAUUUUUAUAAACUGGGUGGUUCGAGCCCUGAAUGAUUAUUGGUUGACAGCCGUGGUAUAUCAGACCGUAUACCAUCACGGGUGUGACAAAACAUGUAUUUUUACUGCUCUAAUUAUUUUGGUAACCAGUUUUUAAUAGCAAUAAGGCACCUCUGGGUUUAUGGUAUAUGGUCAAUAUUGUGAUGAGUGUGAUGGAAGGAGUCAGGCGCAGGAGGGUAAUCACCAAAUACAGAGUUUAUUCCUUCGUUACACAAAGUAAGCUGGAAUAGCGACAAACGAAACAGGCACAGGGGAAAUAUCUACCCUGGCAACAAAAUGUUACGAGUAGCUCCACCGAGCUACACUACUCUCACAUACAAACAAUCACCCACAAGGACAGGGGGGCAGAGGGAACACUUAUACACGGACUAAUGAGGAGAUUAGAACCAGGUGUGUGUGAUUGACAAGACAAGACAAAUGUGAUGAUGAUAAUUGGGGCGGCAGUGGUUAGUAAGCCGGUGACGAUGAACGCAGAAGCCUGCCCGAACAAGGAGGGGAGGCAGCCUCGGUGGAAGUCGUGACAAAUAUACCACGGCUAAGGGCUGUAUCCAGGCACUCUGUGUUGUGUCGUGAAUAAGAACAGUCCUUAGCCGUGGUAUAUUGGCCAUAUACCACACCCCCUCGGGCCUUAUUGCUUAAGUAUACCCUCGGCAAUGUAUUACACAUGAAAAACAAAACAGCUAUUCAGAUUCAUUGAAUUUGCAUUAUGUCAGUGAGUAAAGUUACAAUGUUCAAAGAUGUAUUCUAUUUGGAGAUCAAGUACAACGUAAUCAGAAAAAAGCUCAAUAAAUUGACUUGAUUUACUCCCAUCAGUGAGAUUCCUUUAUUGUAGGUUUUUGAGGUCUGCCCUCUCUCCUGGAUUGUGCCAUGGGAUGAAAAAGGGGUUUUGGCCUAAGUGAUGGCUAAACCAGUGUCAGUUUACUGGUAGAUAGCAGCAAAAGCCUGGUCCUAUUGGUUUUGCCAGUGGCACUGUAGAGUCUUUUAAACCCUGCUGAUUAUUUCUUACUGCUCCCAGAGAGAUAAACCCUUGCCAAACAGUCCGAAACCUUCCCAGUCACAAAAGCCUUAUCCCUGGGAUUAGGUAGCCAACUAAUUUCACUCUUUCUGUGGGGUCCUCAAAUUGCGGAACUCAGAUAAAGAGAGAAAGGAUCUUGGGCAGACAAAACAAGUCUGUUUGGUUCUGGUGUAAGUGCCAGAUGGCUUUCAGGGCCAAUUUUAAUUAUUGAUCCGUUUUUGACAACUCUGAGAAGAGGAUACAUACAGUCAACGAAUCUUGAAAUAUUCCAAACAGAACUGCACAAAUCUAAUACAGUUGGUGUAAACUGUAAACAAUUUGCCAUAUUAUUUGAAAAUAUGUAAAUACAUAAUUUUUCAAAAAGCAUGUCCAUUAUAUUAAUUAAUUGAAAAUAAAAUAGGUCACCUGGUAACAUGACAUUUUAAAUUAGUCACAGACUAUUGCCAAUAUGCUUUGGAAAGUGUGAUAACUUUUCAAUGGGAAGACACUUCACUCUGUAGAGAUGAUUGCUGCUCUUGUGCAAAAUACUUGAUAUUGGAUGGGAAUGGAAAUAUGCAAUUUUUCUAAAACAUGUUUGAGCAAGUCUGGAAGUAUUGUAAAGAAAUAUAGAUAGUUAUGAUGCUAUACAAAAGGAGGAUUUGCUAUGUUUUGGGCUUUUUGUUCUGAUUAUAACUACUCAUCCCUGUUAUUGCCUCCCAGACACAGAGAAGUCCCACCAGAACCAGACAGAUGAGUCCAAUGCAGAGGAUGGCUCUCUGAAGAAGAAGCAGCGCAGGCAGAGAACCCACUUCACCAGCCAGCAGCUCCAGGAGCUGGAGGCCACCUUUCAGAGGAACCGCUACCCUGACAUGAGCACACGGGAGGAGAUCGCCGUGUGGACCAACCUCACAGAGGCGCGAGUUAGGGUGAGUCCCCACAGAAUCACUAUUGAGCCAAUACUGAGCCAGUGGAAUAAUCCAAACCCACUUUCCUUACGGUUUAGCUGUUAUUCAACAAUACAUUUGUGGGACUCAAACAUAUAAUUUCAACAUAAUUCUGAAGGUAAAAAGGCACCUGAAGGUACAAAUCUAAAAGAUGACAAAUGUACCUAACUGAGCAGGGAUUUUAAAAUGUUGCCAUUUGACUUCAACAACCUAAAACUAGGCUUCACAUGUCACAAAGGUCAGAAGUGUGUUGAUCUGCUCCUGACCCUGAAAUGUCCCCUCAAGCCCAGAGGUUUGGUCACCCCCAGUAUGGAGCAGGUAGGCUCACAUUUUGAUGGAUGACAAUACAAUCGUUGCCUGCCUGCCUAGUAAUGGAUCCAAUUCAUGUUGGCUAGAUUAAAGGUCACAUAGCACACAGUCUUGGUUGUUAUUUUGAAAGAACAACAGACCACACACGUCCUAAUGUCUAGCAGGACCCCACUUGUUCCCUGCUAAUCCCACAUGGACGCAGAUUCCCCCUGCAUAUACAGAAUACUUCUCCUGUCAUCUUGAUUUAUGGCAUUUAACACCGAAUGCGUUUGUAAUAAAUGUUUGAAUAACAAACCACCUCUAUAUCCAUGCUGGCUACUUCCUUGCCUUCAAAUGUGUAUGUACAGUACAUAGCUGCAUAUAAUGUUCUUAAUAAAACUGAAAUUGCUAUUGCAUAUGUAUAUUUACAGUACAGAGAGUCCUGAGUCCAAUGAGACUGGAUUCUAAUAAUAUCAAUACAGCUCAGACUAAAUUAAACCAAUACAGUAUUAUAAAAUGAAAGGUAUAAUAUGAAAUAUGUCAGAGCUUAUCUGAAUUCUGAAAAAUAGAUUUUAGGAGAGUCGUAAGCAAUGGACGUGGGUACUUAGGUCACAGCGAGUGUCUGAUUGUGUCAGUCAUUUGACAGUUUUAGGAAAGUGAGGUAAGGUUUGCCACAAACCCCCCAUCCAACUACCAUUUGACAUUCAGAUUUUUCCAUGAACACCUAAACAACAUCGCCCCAGAGUCGUGUUAAAAGGCGAGAGAAAUCUUCCUCAACAGUGGGGUUUCCCCUACUGUCAAUGGGUACCAUGGAAAAUUCACUGCUAUGUACACUGUACCCACACGUUUAAUAGUCCAGAGCAUUCUAUUACUAUCACAACAGAUGCCUGGGCUGCCGGCUGGCAGACACAGACUGAGGGUUUGGAUGAGAUACUUUGCCUGGCACAGCAGUAUUAGAUGAGGAAGAGAGGGAGGGAGAUGAUUUAGCCACAGAAGUGUUGGUGGCUUUAAUUAUUUUAUUUGAUUAGAAUAACUCAAAUGUGAAUAAUAUUCCUUUGAUUAAUACAAUUAGAUUUUUAACUGUACAUGACAGUCCAUUUAUAUUAUUUUUGUAUUGGAUUCCUAUAAUAGAGGUAUUUUGCUUCUCAAUGAGGAGUUUUGAAGUCUUUAUGAGAUAAAGAGAAAGUUCCACCACAAAAUGAACGCUCAGGGAGAAAUUCAUAUUUCCCCAAUUGGGAACUGAAUUAAGUACCUUCAUUUUAGAUUUGCCAUUAAAACUUUAAUCCGUUUUAUACCCUCCAAAAAUAGGACCUUAAAAUGACAAAAUGUGAAGACCGCUCCAGCUUGACAUUUCUUUCACUGGGAGCGCAUAAUUCAAAUAAGUGAAUAAUUUGUUUUAAUAAACCAUGGCUAAUAUGACUGUUUGAUUAUACACUUCAACUUAGUUUUCUGGAUUAUUCUUUAUUUUAAAAAGUCUGCAGCUACUGUAUACAGAAUCUUGCUUAAACUAUUUGAAAGGAAUCAUAGUCUCAGUCAUUGCAUACCAAAAUGUUAUUGUGUUUCAGAACUAUUUUUACCACCUCAGACUAUGUUGAAAAGAAAAUACCAUAUUUAUUUUCCUUUUUUCCCUUUUCUGUCCUUCUCCCUCAGGUAUGGUUUAAGAACCGCCGUGCCAAAUGGAGGAAGAGGGAGAGGAACCAGCAAGCUGAGCUGUGUAAAAACGGCUUCGGUGCCCAGUUCAAUGGACUCAUGCAGCCCUACGAUGACAUGUACUCUGGCUACUCAUACAACAACUGGGCCACCAAGAGUCUGGCCAGUAGCCCACUGUCAGCCAAGAGCUUCCCCUUCUUCAACUCCAUGAAUGUAAGCCCCUUGUCCUCCCAGCCCAUGUUCUCCUCCCCCAGCUCUAUCCCCUCCAUGAACAUGGCCUCCUCUAUGGUGCCCUCGGCGGUGGCCGGGGUGCCGGGCUCGGGACUCAACAACCUGGGCAACCUGGGCAACCUCAACAGCUCCACGCUGAACUCAGUUGCGGUCACCGCCGCCACCUGCCCCUACGCCACCACCGCAAGUCCUUACAUGUACAGAGACACCUGCAACUCCAGCCUGGCCAGCCUCCGACUGAAGGCCAAGCAGCACGCCAACUUCGCCUACCCAGCCGUGCAAAACACAGUGUCCAACCUAAGCCCUUGCCAGUAUGCAGUGGACCGGCCGGUAUGAAGACAUGUACCCACUCCAACCCAGCCUGCCCUGUACCCCCCAACCCCCCAACCUCUCAGACCCACUGCCCCCCUCUCACUCUCCUCCUUCCGGUCCCUGCUAUGCUCCAUCAGUGAAUCAGAGUUAACUGCACACAUCGCCAU